AUGAUCACUGAUGAUUUAUGGAAUGAUCUGAUAGUACUUGGGCGAAAUCCUCCAAAACUACGUCAAAAGAGACACAAUGGGAACGAUUCAGACAGUACUCAUCAGUCUACUGAAACCUCCCAGAGAAACAAGACAUCACCAAUUAUUGGUAGUCGACACGAUUCUCUCACAUCUGAUUCAUCUGUUUCACCUUCCACCAUUGAAAGUAGUAUUUUAUUGGAGUCUAACAAGUUAAAAUCAAAUGAUGACAAAAACAAAGAAUCAGAUCAGUUUUUCAAACCACUCACCGACUCACUCCUUUCAAAUAUAAAUGGCAAACAGAGAGCAAAAGGUUUUCCGCCAAGUGCACCGCAAUUAGCUGAUAUUUGCAAAUGUGCUAAAGAAAACUCAUGUCCGGCUGGACUACCAGGUCCGAAAGGUCCACCGGGACAUGCUGGAUUAGAUGGUAUACCUGGCACUGAUGGACAAUCUGGCAAAGAUGCUGAAAAUAUGUCAUUGCUUCAACAUGAAGCGCCAUGUUACCAUUGUCCUCGAGGGUUGCCUGGCAUACCAGGAGCAGUUGGGAAGCCGGGCUUAAGAGGAAUCGCAGGUGCAAAAGGUCGAAGUGGAGUUCCUGGAAGAAAUGGACAACCAGGACCACCUGGUGAGCCUGGACUGGUAGGACCGGUAGGUAAAGAUGGUGAAAUGGGUCCACCAGGCUCUAAAGGUUUAGACAUGCACCAUUUAGUUGGUCGUUCUGGUCCGAAGGGAUCAAGAGGACCACUAGGACCAGCAGGACCACCUGGAGACAAAGGUGCUGAGGGACAAACUGGUAAAGCUGGUCCACAAGGUCCGCCAGGAAACCCUGGAUCUGCUGGCCCACCUGGUCCUCAAGGACCAAUGGGAUCUGAAGGUGAAGAAGGCAGGCCUGGGAAAGAUGCCGAGUACUGUCCAUGUCCACCUCGCCGAUCCGACAACACGUAUCAUCGAAGCAAAGAACACAAAGCAAUAGCUACGUUACAUAAUAACUACGAUGAAAACAAUGGGAAGUCGAUCAGUGAUGGCUCUCCCUAUAAGAAGCUGUGA